UUGAGCUACGUGAAGCUGCACCGAGCAACAACCCUUCUCUUCUCUUCCUAUAAUAGCUUUCUUUCUUCUCUGAAGUUGUUUGUUUUUUUCUCUGAAUUAGCAAAAAUGUUCAUUGAGAGUUUCAAGGUUGAGAGUCCUAACGUGAAGUACACUGAGACUGAGAUUCAGUCCGUGUACAACUAUGAAACCACUGAGCUUGUUCACGAGAACAAGAACAACGCUUACCAGUGGGUUGUUAAACCCAAGACUGUCAAAUAUGAAUUUAAAACCAAAACCAAUGUCCCUAAACUUGGGGUAAUGCUUGUGGGAUGGGGUGGAAACAAUGGUUCAACACUCACUGGUGGUGUUAUUGCUAACAAAGAGGGUAUUUCAUGGGCAACAAAGGACAAGAUUCAACAGUCCAAUUACUUUGGUUCUCUGACUCAGGCAUCAGCUAUCAGAGUGGGGUCUUUCCAAGGGGAAGAAAUCUAUGCCCCAUUCAAGAGCCUGCUUCCAAUGGUGAACCCUGAUGACAUUGUGUUUGGAGGAUGGGAUAUCAGCAACUUGAACCUGGCUGAUGCCAUGGCCAGAGCCAGGGUCUUUGACAUUGACCUGCAGAAACAAUUAAGGCCUUACAUGGAAUCCAUGGUUCCACUCCCCGGAAUCUAUAACCCGGAUUUCAUUGCUGCCAACCAAGGAGAGCGUGCCAACAAUGUCCUCAAAGGCACCAAGAAAGAACAAGUUCAACAAAUCAUCAAAGACAUCAAGGAGUUUAAGGAAGCCAACAAGGUUGAUGAGAUUGUUGUCCUGUGGACUGCCAACACUGAGAGAUACAGUAAUGUAGUUGUGGGACUAAACGACACUGAGGAAAACCUCUUGGCUUCCUUGGACAGGGAUGAGGCUGAGAUUUCCCCUUCCACCUUGUAUGCCAUAGCUUGUGUCAUGGAAAACAUUCCUUUUAUCAAUGGAAGCCCUCAGAACACCUUUGUCCCAGGGCUGAUUGAUCUGGCCAUCAGGAAGAACAGUUUGAUCGGUGGAGAUGACUUCAAGAGUGGUCAGACCAAGAUGAAAUCUGUGUUGGUGGAUUUCCUUGUAGGAGCUGGUAUCAAGCCAACAUCAAUAGUGAGUUACAACCAUUUAGGAAACAAUGAUGGCAUGAAUCUGUCAGCCCCACAAACCUUCCGCUCUAAGGAAAUCUCCAAGAGCAACGUUGUUGACGACAUGGUCAACAGCAAUGCCAUCCUCUUUGAGCCUGGUGAACAUCCAGACCAUGUUGUUGUUAUUAAGUAUGUGCCCUACGUGGCGGACAGCAAGAGGGCCAUGGAUGAGUACAUCUCAGAGAUAUUCAUGGGUGGAAAGAACACCAUCGUGAUGCACAACACGUGUGAGGAUUCACUGUUAGCAGCUCCUAUCAUCUUGGACUUGGUCCUCCUUGCAGAGCUGAGCACUAGAAUCCAGUUCAAGGCUGAAAAUGAGAGCAAGUUCCACUCAUUCCACCCUGUUGCUACCAUCCUCAGUUACUUGACCAAGGCUCCUCUUGUUCCACCAGGCACACCAGUGGUGAAUGCAUUGUCAAAGCAGAGAGCUAUGCUGGAAAACAUCAUGAGAGCUUGUGUUGGAUUGGCUCCUGAGAACAACAUGAUCAUGGAGUACAAGUGAAGGAUGGAAAAGAGGAACGGUUGGGAUGACAAGUUGAAUAUUGUGCCUUAAAUUCAUCCACCCCUCUUUGCUGCUGAAUAUGAAUGUGUUUGCUAGCAAAUGUAAAAUCUUAAGUUGGUUUUAUUUAACUGUGUUUGCUCCUGCCCAGUUAUUUGAGAGCAGGUCAUCUAAAGUAUAUGAAAUAAAAUUUUGAGUUACUCAAA